AUAUAGAAGCAAGCGGGUCAAAAGCGAGGAGAAUAUCACACGCUUCACAUCCUCGUGCUAAUCAUACUCGGUCGUGCCACUCCGGAGCCGUUGUUUGAGCCCACCUAUGGACGGAUGCAUAUGUUUAUUCCGUUAACAGAUUUUGUCAAUUGGGUCGUUUGUUUGUAGCAUCUCCCGAUUUCCACGUUCGGCUGCACAACAAUUCGUUCUUAUAAACUUGGGUCAGCUCUAUCUCUGUUUUCAGGCGGACGGUAGGGUGGGGCGUGCGUUUUGGAGUGCUGCCGUAGAAUGCUCGCCGUGCAAAGGAUUGGCCUUGUUUCGCUGUGAAUUUUGCGAGUUGGGUUCACCAGAGAGGGUUUUUGGGGGUUGGGCUCGUGUUUUUAGCGACGGGUGGUUGCGAAUUUAGAGGAGGAUUUGCAGUGAUGGGUGGCGACGGUGAGCAUGGGCAGGAUUCGAACCACACAGAAGAACGGUUUUUGGCUAUGAAGCCACCCACGAGUCCUAGGUCGGCUUUGCGAUCCCUCUCGUCUCGGAACAGGCGAUUGCAAGUGGAUGUGUCGCGGUUGAGUCUAUCCGGGACGGUCAAUUGUACCCAUCCACCUUUGUAUAGCCCGUUAGCGUCGCCAUUCGCCCCGGAUCCCGCUACCAAGGAGGAAGCUCUGCUUUGGGUGGAUGAGGUGGCUCAUAAGGAGAAACAGAAGGUCCCAGAUCUGAAGCAAGGGAAGUAUAUGCGCCGACAUUCUCUGAGAAAGAGAGAUCAAUGUGCAGCUCUUGUCGUGGGACACUACUGUCAUGAUGAGCUCAUUUUCAACGGGGGCAAGAUCGCGUACAGUCUAGGAGGGUCUGUCUCUUAUAUCACCAAUGUGUUUGGAGCCGUUGGCAUGGAGUGCAAAGUAGCUUCAAAAGUUGGACCAGACUUUCUCUACCAUUCACAGAUUUCACACCCACCUGAAAUUCUUGAAGAUCAACAAACCACUGAAUUUUUUGCGGACUUCACACAAGGCGAUGAGAGGGUUCUGAAGGCAGGGAAUAUAUGUGCACCCAUUGAACCAUUGGAUAUACCUGACAUGCAAUAUGAAUUAGGUCUUGCAGUGGGGAUCGCCGGCGAAGUGUUGCCUGAAACCUUACAGCAUAUGGUCUCUGUGUCCCGUUACGUGGUGGUUGAUAUACAGGCGCUUAUAAGGACCAUUGAUCCAGAAACUGGCCUGGUUGGCCUUCGAAAUAUAAAGGAUACCCCUUACUAUGACAUGCUUGAAGACAUUUCGUUUCUGAAGGCGGCUCGUAACGAAGCUUUGUAUAUUGACAUUGAAAAAGUGAGAAAGAAGACUUGUGUUAUCGUGACGGAGGGGAAGAAUGGGAGCAGAAUAUACUCUGCAGACCGGGAGUUUCGUGUACCUGCGUUUCCUGCAAUAGAAGUGGAUCCCACUGGAGCUGGAGACAGCUUCUUGGCUGGUUUCUCUGCAGGACUAUACCAGGGUCUUCCUGUUGAACAGGCAGUUUUAAUGGGUAACUAUUUUGGAGGUUUAGCAGUCAGUCAAGUGGGAAUCCCAAAUUUUACACACACUCAACUUCAGGCUAUGGAGGAGGAUCGUGCCAGUGUACAAAUCGAACAGAUUCCGCUUGAAAAGUGUGACGAACGCCUCAGUGAUCAGUAACAUCAUGUUGACGGAUUGACACUAUUCCGAGUAGAAUCCUGAAAUUGAAUGCCCUUGUGUAUCAGCUUCUUUUAAAAUUUUGUAUUUUGAAGAUUCUUUCAAUUUGGUAAUACUCUCAAAAAAGAACGAAUUUCACUGACGAGAAGUUCAUCGACUUGAAGAGUGUCGUACCUUUGUGAUUGAGAAAUCCCUGAAGCCUGUUGAACAUUUCAUGUGCAGUAUUUUCAGGCAGGUGUGGUGGCAAUAUAUGAUGCCGUGAUUAUAUGCCUUUCUGAUCUGAACUUAAACAGUACAAAGAAUGCGAGGCAACAGUCAGUUUGCAGACGGACAAAGAAAUUUGUAUUCUGCAAGUGUUGGAACUCACUUGUUUUGUGAAAUAUGCCUAGCAAUGACUUAUAUUCUGUAGCUGCUUCAGUAGACAUACUGUAUUAAAGCAUCGUAAAACUUUUCUGGAUUGUCAGUUUGGGGAGAAGAUGCACACAAUGUCUCUCUAUGCCGCGGUAGAACUUGUAGAACUUCCCUCACACCUUCAUUAAUAUAAAACGCAGUUGGCUACAAUUGCUGGGCAUGUUUUGAGGUGUAA